AGAGCUGAGACAGCCCACAGCUUUGCCAAGCGAGACCCGCAGUUUUCCCUGCCCCAGCGGCGCGCGCGCCGGUGGCCCUCACGUCGUCUCCUCCCAGUUCCCGGUCCUCACCACCUAACCGCGCGCGGGUCCCCGAUCCCCACCACCAAAGAUAUAUAGGAUGGCGGGUGCGCUCACCAGAAUCGCUAAAAACUCGAAACCACUCCAUCAUUUGUUUUCUGCACAAAAGCUCCGCACCUAAUAAUUCUCCCAAGCAACAUCUGCCAUCAUAGCUCGCACGGCACUCCGGCUGUGCUUGGUGUCCAGUCUACAGUGUCCUCCGGCAGCGGCAGGCGUCUGGUGUGGUGGUGGCCUGGUGGGGAUGAGCCGAGGGGGCAGGCUGCGGUGGCUGUGGCGGGCGCCGGCGCGGGCGCUGGGGCGGGCGCGGGACCUGUACGUGCGUGGCCUGACGGGGUGCGCGCGCUACAUCCCCUCCGACGCCGCGUUCGGGUACCCGGUGUUCGUGCCGGCCGCGGCGCCGCUGUCCAGGAGCCGCAGCGCCGGCGGCUCCGAGGCGGGCGACGAGGACCUCCAGGAGCUGGUGCGCGCCGCGUCGCAGAGGCGCGUGGAGCAGCGCCGCGCCGAGCUGCGGGCCGUGGCGCGGAGCCAGAGCAUGGCCGCCGCGCUCUCCAUGGCGCGGAUCGACGAGGACGCGCCCUGCGACUUCGGCGGCGGCGACGGCGGCGGUCCCGGCAGCGCGUUGUACGCGAGGAGCCAGAGCUGCGCCGGGAGGAGGGCCCGCGGGCACCGUAAGGUGGUGGCCUUGGUCUGAUGUGACCGUGGCCGAGCUGCUGGGUGGCUGCUGCCCAGCCGCCGUCAGUGCACAGCGCGCGCGGUCGUGUCAUGCACUGUCUUUGGUGCCAAGUGUGAUCAUGUCAAUACUCAGAAUUUGGAUAUUUUCCCUGUUUUCUUUCCCAGCCUGUCGAGUGUGCAAGCGUCUCGCUUCGUUUCGGCGUUGGAUUGCUCCGGAACCUCAUGCACUAGCAGCAUUUUCA